CAGGUCGCAAUUUAAGCAAGAUCCGCCACUGCAUGUGCAACGUGCUUUUGUCAUGAGCUCCAGCUCAUUUUUUUGCAUCGACACAAAUGAACCAAGCUGAUGGAGAACAUGCAGUCAUGCAGACCCACAGCUUAAGUAUUCCAGGUGACCUUUAUAACUAAACGCCAAAUGUGCAUGGAUUUCCGACCCCAUGUGUAAGAGUAGCCUUUCAUUUUCUCUGGUACCCAGACCCCUCCAGUCGUGCUCCAGCUCACUCUAACGCGUGAGCUCCCUCUACCGCCCAACCCCUAUAUCCACCGUGCAUUUGGAUUCGGUUACAUUGAGCGAAAGGAUGGCAAGAAAUGUGGUGGAACAAUUAAGCCGCGCAUUACGAGAUGAAGCUGUGAGAUUUUACGAUGUGCGAAUAGCUGGCAUCAGAAUAACUUCAACAAAUCAAUGAGAUGCGAGACAACACGAAGGCAUCUGGGGGUCAAGUUCAUGGCAGCGGAUGCGCGCUGCAUUCAGGAGUAGCUGGCAGGAUGAAGUGAGACUGCGCGCAGGAACGUGCCACGAGCAAACAUUUGGAUCUGACCUCGGUUGGAAUCAUUUCUGGGACAAACAACUCGGCCCUGGUACAUCAAUGAGGAAUGUGAACGUGUCUGUCUCUGUCCAAACGGGGUUGAUGAAGCCCUCGGUGGUGUCAUGCGUCUUGCCCCGCAGCCAACAAGCGCGCAACCCUUGCGGCUCGUAGUGUUCCUAGUCCUCCUCGGCGCUGGUGUCGUGUGUUCUCCGGUUAUCUCCGCCGGCUGCCCGGACAGCUGCGUGUGUGAUGACCAGCUGGUGGUUCAGUGCGCCGGGCAGCACCUGACCACCUUCCCGGUCAACCUGCCGCUGGCGACGCGGCAGCUCAUUAUCUCCAACAACCGCAUCGCGGAGCUGCCGCCUCUGACGCUCAACUACCUCUCCGACCUGGUGUACCUGGACUGCAGCAACAACACCCUGACGGAGAUAUCGGAAUCCACUUUUGGGAACCUGCGCAAACUGGCCUACCUGGACCUCUCCUUCAACACCUUGCUCCGGAUCGAGGACCGGACGUUCGGCCCGCUGGCGAGCCUGGUGAUGUUGAGGAUGACGGACAACCCGGGGCUCUCCGAGAUCCACUCGGACGCCUUUUCGGAGAACGAGGCCCUUCAGGUGCUUGAUGUGAGCCGGAACAACCUGACUGCGCUCAACAUCACCUCCCUGAUUGCCCUGCCCGCCCUACGCUCCGUGGGGCUUGGCGGAAACCCGUGGAGCUGCCAGUGCGACAACGAGGACCUUUGCCUGUGGGUCCACCUGGAGACCUUCAAGUUCCAAGAUGAAGGCCAGACAGUGUGUGGUUCACCUGCUGACAUGCAAGGUCGCCAACUGAGUGAGGUGGGCAUCCAGCUUCGGACGUUAUGUCACCAGACGCUGGACUCCUGGGACUACCUUUUCUUCGUUGUCAUAGGCUUUGUCAUCUUUGCCGCCGGGACAGUGUCGGCGUGGUUGAUGGGUGUCGUCUUGGUGCUUUAUGAGCGCUACAUCAAGAAGAAAGACGAUCCGUUCGAACUGGAGAAUGAGGAAGAAGGUAUUGAGAUAGGUAAUGCAUCGAGAGGCAGAACAGACCGGAGCAACAGGGGUUUAAAAACUUUACAUACUGUUUAAAAGAAUUAAUCCCAUCCGGUCCACCAUGGAUUCCCACAGUGCCUCCUGUACACCUGCAUGGCUGUCUGUUAAGUCUGAUGUUAAAUUAAAACUAAGUAUUUUUAACAGGCUGGGCUCUCAAACAAAAAAAUGAAAUUCAACAGAAAUAAGGAAUGUCUUUCUAAUCAUUUGUGGUGGGCUUUUAGGGGAUGAAAUAGGUUUUUGUAGUCUCUGUGGUGGAGGUCCCCAUUGCUGGGUGAUACAUAAACCAUAUAUGCAAAUGUUAUGAAUCUGUAUGUUGUUCAAUUCAGUUCUGUUUGGGUGAGAAUUGGAUUUAUUGGCCAGAAUUGCGGUCUGUGUUGGUAAAACUGGUAUUAAAAAAACAGUUAGGCUUUUCUUUGAAGCACACAAACUCAGUUUAUUUUAUGCUUUAGGUUUUUGGCCUCUAGAGUUUUCCAAAAUAGGUUUACAAUAUUAACUUUCUGAUACUAUUAAAUGUUUUAGCGUCAUUUGUGUAAAACACUUCAUUAAAUCUCCUAUAUUUUUAAGGAUAUUCCUCUUCUCAAAGGCACAGGUCUGUUUUGAAGGGACUAUACUGUACAAUAGCUGCUUAAAGGGAUAGUUGAGGAUUUUUCAAAUAAGGUUUGGCGGAAAUGUUAUAAGCAGUUAAUUUCUUACCUGCAGUAGAUAAUUCUCUUUACAUCUUCAUUUUUUUUCACAUGUUCUGUCUUGGCAUUUCAGUAAUACCACAUAGAGAAGCUGAUUGCAUACAUGUGCCAGCGCUGAUUUGCUACAAAAGGAUUUCUCAAGACGAAAUCCUAAUUGCAUGAUUAACUAAAUAAAUCGAGAUCCAGCAUCAAAGUAGGCUGAGCACACUGAUGUAAUAAUCACCUGUGUUUGUAUGACCUUCAAUCAUUUUUGUUUGAGCGUAUGCAUAGAAAUACUGUAAGUGUGAUGGUGCUCAGCAAGGUGUAUGUGAGCAGGUUUGUCACCUGGACUUACAUAGUUGUUAGAGUGACGAGAAACUAAUGUUUUUAAACAUUGUACAACUAAUGCAGGUUUUAGCAGGUUUUUCAUGGAAUACAGGUCCUUCUCAAAAAAUUUGCAUAUUGUGAUAAAGUUAAUUAUUUUCCAUAAUGUAAUGAUGAAAAUUUAACAUUCAUAUAUUUUAGAUUCAUUGCACACUAACUGAAAUAUU